UUCUAACAAAUUUCUCACCUCAAUUCUCACUCACCCUAUGUUGUCGAUGAUGGGCCGCUGUACUAUAUACCGAAAACUCAAUCAUUCGUGAACUUGAUAUCACGAACAAAUCGUUUGUUAUAAAUGCUACUAGCACCCAGUACAGAAUCAUUAGUGUGUUGUUCGGUCGAUUCAAAAUGAGUGCUUAGUGUGAAAAAUGUAAAAAAUUUAACGUUUUACGAAAUCAAUGAAAAAUGGACAUCAUUAAUGGAAUAUUUAUCGGUGAUCUUGUUAUCGACGCUGACGAGAACAUAAAGCGCACCCAAUUCGAACCACGUAAAACAUUGCCUGGAUGGGCCGACUAUUCUCUUAUUGUUUUAAGAGACUCACAGAGACUAGGUAUAACCAUAGCUGCAAUUCUUAUUUGCACCGUGUCCGUCAUUGCAAAUCUAGCCACUGUUAUUGUAAAUAUCAAAAGAAAAAUCAGACCAUUCUUCCGAACAUGCCUUCUUUCGCUGGCAUGUAGUGAUCUUUUAACGAGUAUCUUUCAAACAAUUACUUACGUCUCACAAUUAUCAAACGAAUAUACACCAGUAUGGGUACUUGGCGAGCUUAUGUGCGGGUUUAUCCCAUUCGUUACCACUGUUGCGAUUUUAGCAAAUAGUUUUACACUCGUCGGAAUAGCAGUCGACCGUUACUGGGCAAUUAUUCGACUAAUUAAAGGGACAUGGGAACCAAGCAAAUUGUUUUGUGCUGCUGGUGUUGUUUUUGUGUGGGGCCUAGCGGCAGGCAUAUCAAGUCCAAUGAUCUCUUCAUAUUACAUUACUGAGUUUUACAUCAUACAUACCAAUCCGGAAAAUCGAUCGCAUAUGAUUGAUGUUACAGAAGCGGAAAUGUGCGUUAGCGAAAAGGAACCGAAUCAAUAUUACUAUUCUGUCGUUUUUUCUGUAAUCUUCAUACCAUUGCUGAUUGCCUUUCUCUGGCUUAACACCAUCUUAGCGACAGAGAUUUUUUCUAGAAGGAAACCGAUUCCAGCUUCACUUAACACACCUGCAAUUACAAUUAACGAUGAUCAUUCGGCGGAUAAACGUACCUCAGAAACGAAUACGGUUAUCAGUAAUGAUCCUCUGAAGGACGGAGAUAAGACAUUACGACCACAUCUCAAUGGAACCGUUGAAAUGUCCACAUCAACGUCCAGUCAAACAAACAAUAAUACAGGGAAGACGCCCAAAACAGGUCGGGAGAUUCGCCAAUUACGAAUGUUCAAAGUGGUCAUUGUACUUAUGAUCACAUUUUUCAUUUGUCGCUUACCGACUUGGAUCUUUUUGCUGUACAAAUUGUUUAAUGUGGCCAACACAAAUUUCCACUGGAUGUUACAGUACAGUUUAGGAUUGCUAUCAAUCACAAAUUGCCUACUAAAUCCAUUGAUGUACACAUUCCUGACAGAAACGAUUCAAUAUUCGUUUGUUUUUGUGUCGAAGAUAAAGCAUAUUGCUUCGUGUCGUUGCUUCCAGCGAAGAUCUUCCGAUAGUUGUAACCAUCCAUAAAUUGUAUGGAAAGCACAUUAUUGGCAUAAUAACCUUGUUGUUAAUUAAGUUAUAAGAUUUUUAUAUUGAAAAAUAAAUGCUUCAUGCUGAA